AUGGCGGCUAAGCGUACUUCGUCGGUCACGGAACACGGUGUCAAGUUAGAGACUCUCAAGGAUUGUCUCCAGUUCUUGGAGUGGUUGCGAGAUACUAAACGGAGUGGUGCGAGAACGCAGUUGGCUGGUCGACUGGCGAGGCUUCUAAACAAUAAGUAUAAUAAUGUUGACCGACAGCGCAUUGAAGACGCACUGUUCCAAUUCCUUAAUGAAGUGUCAAAAUUUCAUCACAAGCUAUGCAAAAAAGCGGAUCAGGGCACACAUAAACCUCAAACCACUAAACCUGCCCUGAACGCUCUCCUAGAGUGCAUUCCAAAGGUGCUUGCCGUGAUGUACUACUUGCGGUAUCAUGUUGAUAAAGGUUUCGCAGCUAUGGGAGGCGGUGAUUGGGCUGAUGACAUGAUUGGGCAAGUUGAAAUGUUGGCUAGGGUUAUGCCGUCGGGUUCACUUAUGAAACAUGCCACUAAUAUUGAAAAAUAUCUCAUUACACCAAACGGCGAUAAGUACGGUGUUAUCCCUGGAGGAUUUGAGCCAAGCGAUCUGAAGCCAAAUACUGGGGGUGGAUAUUCCGUCGGUUCUGCAAUGGCAGCUGACCUUGGAAAUCUGCUGGACAAGAAUCGUUAUAAGGAAAAUCUAUUCCUCGACGUUUAUUCUACUACGGUAGUUGGUAAUAAGGGAACGGACACUCCGAACAUCGCCAACGCCCUCCGGUUGGUGCGCGAUUUUUGCAGAAUAUUUGCGGAAGUGGAGGAUGAGGAUGAUUUUAAAAGUCAUUUAUAUACGAAAGAAAAAUGCAUCAAUUAUAAUCAAUUAAAAUCACAUUGUGCCCAACUGAAAGACCCUCUUGAAAAGAUUUUUAAAGGCGAGCGGUUUUCCUUUACAGGGUACGGACGCCUAUUCAAAGACCUUAAUAAACAAAAUGUUGCUAAAAAAAUGGCGAGUUGGUUUAGAACAAAUUUGGAUGAUGUACUGAGUAAAUUGACGCUAAUUAAAUCCAUUAGUAGCCUAAAAGGUAUUAAUAGUAGAUCUUUUCAGAAAGGUAAAAUCUCGUCUGUUGAACACGCCAAAGCUCUUGCCAACUAUUUCAAUGAAAACUUCUUCCGCUACGGAUUCACGUUUUAUGGCCACGACUUUAACAAAUGGAGCAAUACGUAUGAGGUUUUGAAAACGGAUUGGGAUGGUGUAAUUGGUGUGAUGAAAGAUAAAAGUGAAGGCCUGGAAGAGCUGGUGCAAAUUUUGAAUGGCGAAGUAUGCAAACUACAGGAUAGAGAAGAAACACAAAAAGGAAAAGAACAAGGAACAGAAGAUAAAAAUGAAGAUGAAAAGGAUGAGGAUGAGGAGUCCGAGGAUGAAGAGGAUGCACCGUUGGAUGAUAAAGACAGUCCGCCCGUCAAAACCGAAGCCACUAAAACCGAGGCCGCCAAGCCUACUGCACCUAAAGUCGAUGGGACUCCAAACCAGGGCACGAAAGCUGAGGGCGCACAGAACCAAGGCAAGAAAGCGGAGGGAGCACAGAACCAGGGCAAGAAGACGGAGGGAGGGCAAAAUCAAAAUAACGGUUAUAGUGAAGAAAAGCCUGGGAGUUCACUAGUUGCGCAGACACCACAACCUCAUACUUCAAGUGUUCAAAAUCCAGACCCUGGAUCAUCUGGUGCCCCUAGUACCGGUGGUGGUCAGGGCCAAGAUGGGCAGGCAGGUUAUGAUGUUUCUGGUCAACCAAGUCAUCACGUGGCUCAGGCAGGUGCAGGUGACACUAAUGCAGCGUCUGAUACGGAUUCUGUUUCAGGUGGCGGUGCAGCUGGAAGGGCUAAGGGGGCAGGUGAUACAAGGAUAGUGUAUCCCGAACUCGACGAGCGAUUGAAGGUAUACAAGACAAUAUUGAAAGAAAAAAGAGACAGAGAUGAGAAAAAUAUUGAAACCAUACUGAAUAAAUUUAAUGAAAAUUUAGAACAGAUUGAACAAAAGAAAAUACAACAACAGAUGGAAAACAAUUUACAAAGACAGUUAUUUGCAAAUCUACGAUCCGCCGAUCUACACCGAAACCAAAAUGUCCCUGGUUACACCGGAGGCCGUGUUGAUAGUGGUCGUAAUUACUAUGAUCCGAGAGGGAAUCAAGGCAGGCGAGAGAUGCAGCCCAUUUCUGCUCUGGAUGGACAUGUGGCUGUGAACCCACCGCCUGAUCCAAACUUUUCUUCGUCCUCUAUUCCUGUAUCUUCUGCGAUUGGUCAUCCUUUGCCAGAUAGACUUCGAGCAUCUCGGCUAAAUGAGGAUCUUGUAAAAACCAACGAGGCUCGAAGACGGAUAUAUGCGCGAAAUGAAUUUCAACGCCGUAAUUCUGAAUUUAUUGGAGCGCCAGCGACUGACUCUAGGGGUAUACCAAAGUCAAUUCCUCGGAAGGUUUUAGACUAUAAUGGCAUACCAACAGGUAAUGCUAUUAACCAACCAGCGUCUCCGGUUGAAACUGCGAAACAUGCAACCAAUCGUAUACCUUUCACGGACGUUCCGGAGGUUAUAUCUCAGUCUAUACCGGAUCCAAACCGGCGAAACCACCUGCCGCCUCUUCCACCCUACGCUAAUCGUGAACCUUUAGCCGCUACAACUAAACCUAACCCUAUUACCAACCUCCAAAUUGAAGAUCAAACGGUUGCCCACAUACCGGACGUCUUAGGCGCUGCACUUGCAGAUCCACUGAGGACAAUUCCACAAGUCAAAAUACCAGCGGACAUUCGCAAUGUAUAUCCGUCAGUGUUACAGUUUACCGGUGUACCAAUUCCUUACCCUAAAAAGGAUUCUCCCGCCCCACCACUCCCAAACGCCAAACUACCUAAAAUGUCAGCUGUCGCUACUACAACCAAAAUCCCACACGAAGUAAUUCCAGUGUUUCUUGGAGACUUCAAUCCGUUGGUUUCUGAAGCUUCAGGGCAGCACAUUUCGGACCCCAACCUUGGACGUCGCAUGCCACCGUUGCCAACCUCGAAACCCACUGUGCAACAGGAUCACACUUCAAUUAAGUCCCCAAUCACACCCGCACUGGGCAACCAUGACAUGGAUAGCUUAACAAACAUCACCAUUAGCGAUAUCGAAAGUACACCAAAGACCGUUGCACAAGUUUCGCCAUGGUAUGCGAUGGCAGCAGGCUACCCACUAAAUCCGCCCAAAACUUUGAGUAAAUCAGCCAUUCAUCUACUUCCGGCGCCGAUACCGUCAAUGAAUCCUAUUCGUAUGAAGCCAACAGGCAUUGGCAUGCCUGAAUAUAAGCAUCCUCCCCUCAUUCCCCACGCCCCUGUUAUCACCGACACAUUUGAUGACCCAUCAAUGGACAAAUUCUUGUCGGCCCCCAGCAUCAGUAUGACGCUUCCUUUGAGAUCCGAUGUAGAUAUCCCCGCAGUCCAACAUAUUACGCCGCCAACGCCACCAAUGCCGGAUUUUAAUGGAACAAUCGUUCCCGAUUCAAACCUUGAUUCCAAUAUUCCCAAGGUCUAUUUGGAACAUCCACCGCCAAUACGUUUUGAAAUGGAAAAAGCGUACAAACAACGCAAAACUUCAGACCCAUUUGAGAUUGACAUCCACGUCCCAAAACUAAAAUUGCCAGACAACGAUCUCGACUUUGAGUUGGAUUUUGAUGAUGACUCAACGCAUAUUGAAACUGAGACACUGCGUGACCCUGUAUAUCCACCAUUCCCUGCAGUCUCAUUCAACAUCGCGCCUCCAGACGUCGAGCAGUCUAUGCCGCCACCCCAAGACUUCGAUCCAGAAAAAAUCCACCGUCCGGAACUAAAAAUGUGUAUCUCUUCCUGGACUACCUCAACACCGACACCUGACUCCACCGACAUCCCCGAAACAGAGCUGCUCCCCGCCCAGGCCCCUCGCACUGUCCGGGAGAUGCUCACUUGGCUGGCAGGGCUUAGGAAUGAAAAGCAUCAUGGCACACUCAGACAAUGUAUUAACAAGGCAUUUAGCGGCUUGUAUAGUGAUCCUUCACAGCUUGCACUCUCAAUCAACGGUUCAUACGUCCGACCCACAGAUGUAUUCGACAUACUCCAACUUACCGCCAUGUUUGCAGCUUCAGUACUUACAUCCAUUGCGCCUAAGUGGAGAGCAAAUGCGUCAUCCAAAACUGUAAAGCCUAACUCUUCCACCCAAUCUGAUGAGCCUGAUUGCUGCACCCUCCUCUGCCAGCUGCGUGACUACGCCUACGCCGCCCACCACCAGUUGGAGUUCCUGAAGGCGCAGUGUAAUAGAGGAAAGUCACAUGGUGGGUGGAAGCAUCAUCACUAUGGCAGUGAGACCAAGAAGCCAUCUUCCCUCCAGGCGUUCCUGACUGACGGCUGGGACUCCGACUUCGAGACUCACCCCUUCGACCCGUGCAACCUCUGCCACAAGAGCAGGGUCAGGAUGGGAUUCAAACACAAGGAUUUGUUUAGGACAUCGCAACUGGGUAGUGUCAUUUCCACCAUCCUCACUCCCAGCUGCGGCGGUGAGGAGCAUGAUGCGCGGCUCGACACAAUGGUAAUAAUCGCUAUAAGCAGUAACGUGUUACCUCAUGAUAUGUUGUGCAGCCGUGAUUAUUCGGAGUAUUAG